AUGUUGAUUUCGGUACUUCUAGUUGGGAUCGCGUUCGCCAACGACUUUUCUGACCAAAGAUGUCAGUGCAGAUGCCCGUCGUUAAUGCCUAUUGCGGAGAAGUCUGAGAUUUAUUUCGCACAAGGCAAGGUAGAGGCGAAAACAUGCACGGCAGAUGAGGUUGUUCGACCCAGAUUAGAUCCGUCUCAUGAUGAAUCGAUACAAGAUGCAUAUUGUCGAGCAUGUGAGUGCAAAUUUGAGCUGCGAAAUACUGGCACGAUGGAGUUUAUCGUCUACCUCUACAUCGUUUCCAUCAUUUUGCUCCUUUCCUACACGAGUUUAGUCUACUUUUUCACCGAAAAAUACCAGCCGAGAGCAGAGGGAGACUCAGAUCGAGCGCAACUGUUCCCUCGUGGCUCUCAAAGUCAAUCCAUCGUUGACUCGAUCAUGUCAAAAAUCGACGCAAUGGCUCGUCGAUGGAAGGCCGACGUCGAGCAGCAGCGCAACACUGUAUUCAACAGGAAAACCGCACUCCAAUAG